AUGUGCAAAUUCAAAAAAGAGGGCCCUGGGCCAGCUUAUAACAUCGACAGUUCAUUGACGUCUAGGGGGAGGGACAUCAGACCCUCCUUCUCCAUGCUGGGGCGUGCCAAAACACCAAAGAGAGAUGUAAGUCCGGGACCCGGGGCAUACAAUACAGACAGAGCACCCCUCAAGGAGAAAAAUGCCCCUCACUACUCCAUGAGUCCACGAACGUCUCCCCGUCGCGUCGACGUCACCCCAUCACCAAACAUGUACGCCCUACCCUCAACGAUAGGACCCAGGGUCCCAGACAGAAAAGGAGGAACACAAGCUGCCCUGCUCGGUAGAACAAACUAUUUGGAUUUUUCAGCCGAUCUCGCGAAAACACCUGGACCUGCCAAAUAUGGCGCCCUUCCUCCCUCGCAGACAAAAAGAAGAGCACCGUCGUACAGCCUGGGUGCGCGGGCUAAAACACCAAGGGACAUUAACAACGUUCCAGGGCCCGGGAAAUAUAGCCCAGAACAUGUAACAGCCCAUUUAGACACCAGUCCAAGAUAUCAUAUAGGUGUUCGCCAUUCUCAGUACAUCAUGCCUGCUGUACCGUUAGCAAAUGUUGAUUGAUGCUAUCGAAUUUAGGACAUAAAUAUUGAUUAUAUUACACUGAAAUUUCAAAACAUUUAUACAAUUUGCAAAUUAUUUAGCAUUAUUUGAUACAACUUUGUUUCAGCCACUAUUGAAAUAACGAC